AUGGGGAACUCAUCUCACAACACUUCAUUCAUAUUGUCUGCAUAUGGAGAAACUGGGCGGAUUAGAUACUUCUACUUCACCAUUACUCUAGUAGUUUAUGUUGGCAUUAUUGUUGCAAACUCACUUCUUAUAGCCGUGAUCUCAGUGGAGAGGACCCUGCAUGAGCCCAUGUAUUUCUUUUUGUGUGCUCUGUCUGCAAAUGAAUUGUAUGGAAGCACAGCUCUCUUCCCUUCGCUUUUGGUCAACAUUUUGUCAGACAUACAAGAAAUUGCAAAGGUCGCAUGUCUUGUGCAAGUUUUCUGCUUGCACACCUAUGCAAGUACUGAGUUUUCAACUUUAGCUGUGAUGGCAUAUGACAGGUAUGUCUCCAUCUGUUACCCACUACAAUACAACAGCAUCAUGACUCCUAAGAAAGUGUGCACGUUUAUUGUAUCAACUUGGCUGCAUUCGACAAUUGGAAUUGCCAUCACUAUAACCUUAACUAUGUGCCUGCCAUUGUGUGGCAACAUUAUAGAGAAAGUAUAUUGCGACAACUAUUCAUUAGUCAAGCUUUCUUGUAUAGAUAACACUGUUAAUAACAUUUAUGGGCUUAUCAGUACAUUUCUGUACACAGGUAUCCUGUUGACCUUAAUUUUAUAUUCAUACACAAAAAUACUUAGUAUUUGUGUGAAAUCUUCUAGGGAAUCCAGGGUUAAAGCUGUGAAUACCUGUGCUCCACAUCUCAUUUGUCUUGUAAAUUACUCAGUUGGAUGUCUCUUUGAAAUUGUUCAAAAUAGAUUCAAUAUGAGACAUGUCCCAUUUAUAGUGAGAAUAAUAUUAUCAAUAUAUUUUAUAAUAUUUCCUCCUCUCCUCAAUCCAGUUAUUUACGGCAUCAGAAUUGCAAAAAUCAGAACAACAGUUAAAAAGGUUUUAGUCCCAUGCAUAAUAGCUCCAUGCGUUAAAGACACAACUGAAUGA